AUGAUAAAUUUCCAUCGCAUUGAAUUGGAUUACCCCAUAAUUGAAUUCCUAGCAUUUGCAAUGGGUCAUUUAACUGCUUUCCUUCACGCUUCCAACAAACUCGCAGCGAAAGGCCAUAGAGUUUCUUUCAUAAUACCCACCAAAACACAACCCAAUCUCAACUCGUUCAACCUUAAUCCGAGCCUCAUCAGUUUCAUUCCAUUAAAUGUCCCACACAUUGAUAGCCUCCCAUCUGAUGCAGAAACCACUGCGGACGUUCCAUACCCCUUGCAAACUCACCUCAUGACAGCCAUGGAUCAUACUGAGACCACCGUUGAAUCCAUCUUACUUGACCUUAAACCUGACUUCGUUUUCUUUGAUUUUACUCAUUGGAUCCCAGCCCUGGCUCGUCGACUUGAUAUUAAAGCUAUCCAUUACUGCACAGCCAGUCCAGCAAGUAUAGCUUACACAUUGUCCCCAGAACGAGGGCAUGAAUCCCCACCGAACCUGGAAUGCCCACCUUUGGGCUUCCCACCCUCGGCUGUGAAGCUCCGCUCUUACGAAGCUAAGGCAAAUGCCUUCUUUAGGAUGAAAGAAUUUGGUAGCGGUGUGUCGUUCUACAAUCGUAUUAUGGCAUCGUUAAAGGAUUGUGACGCCAUGGCUUUCAAAGCUUGCAAGGAGAUGGAAGGACCGUUCUGUGACUAUUUAGAGAGACAAUUCAGAAAACCCGUUCUUCUCGCUGGACCAUUAAUUCCUGAAACACCCACUUCCACUUUAGAUAAGAAGUGGGACAAGUGGUUAGGUGGAUUCAAGAAAGGAUCAGUUGUCUAUUGUGCACUUGGAAGUCAAUCCAACUUGAAUAAACAUCAGUUCCUGGAUCUGGUUUUGGCUUUGGAACUUACUGGCUUACCGUUCCUGGCUGCACUGAAACCACCAACCGGAAAUAAUUCAGUCGAGGAAGCGCUUCCAGAAGGGUUUACAGGCAGAGUGAAAGGGAGAGGAAUUGUGGAUGGGGGAUGGGUUCAGCAGCAACUGAUACUGAGUCACCCUUCCAUCGGGUGUUUUAUAACACAUUGUGGAUCAGGCUCGAUAACAGAGGCAUUAGUUAAUGACUGCCAGAUUGUAUUAUUUCCAGAAUUUGGUGACCAAAUAAUGAAUGCGAGGUUGAUGGCAGGGGAUUUAAAAGUUGGAGUUGAGGUUGAGAGAGGAGAGGAAGAUUGGUUUACUAAAGACAGUAUCUGCAGUGCUAUCAAGUUAGUGAUGGAUGAAAAUGGCGAAGUUUCUAAAGAAGUCAGACUCCACCAUGCGAAAUGGAAAGAGUUUUUGCUAAAAGAUAAUCUUGAAUCCUCUUACACAGAUGAAUUCAUCUCCAAGCUUCAAGAUCUGCUACAGUGACCGUCAGUGAGUGAGUUCUCACAAGUCUGAACAGAU